UUCAGUAAAAAGGGAAACUCUUUUAUAGUCCUCUCAGUCCUAUCAUUCUCCACUCAUUGUCUCUUUCUUCACUUCUGCAGCAGAAAUGGCGAUCCAUAUACCCUCUCGUCAACUUUUCAUCAACGGAGAAUGGAGGGAACCCAUCAAGAAAAAACGAUACCCGAUCAUCAACCCCACCACUGAAGAGAUCUUAGGGGAUAUACCUGCGGCGACUGCCGAAGAUGUGGAGUUGGCAGUGGAUGCUGCUCGGAGGGCCCUCUCCAGGAACGGAGGGAAAUAUUGGGCAUCGGCUUCCGGGGCUUAUCGCGCCAAGUAUUUACGUGCCAUUGCUGCAAAGAUAAAGGACAGAAAGGAUGAGCUAGCUAAGCUAGAAACUCUUGAUUGUGGAAAGCCACUGGAUGAAGCAGCAUGGGACAUGGAUGAUGUUGCUUCAUGUUUUGAGUAUUAUGCAGAACUUGCAGAAGCUUUAGAUACAAAGCAAAAAGCUCCUGUCUCUCUUCCUAUGGAGGCAUUUAAGUGUCAUGUUCUUAAGGAACCCAUUGGUGUUGUUGGGUUGAUUACUCCUUGGAACUAUCCUCUUUUGAUGGCUACAUGGAAGGUUGCUCCUGCCCUUGCUGCUGGUUGUGCAGCUAUAUUAAAGCCAUCUGAGUUGGCAUCUGUGACUUGUUUAGAGUUGGCUGAAGUAUGUAGAGAAGUAGGCCUUCCUGCUGGUGUGCUAAACAUUGUGACUGGAUUGGGUGUGGAAGCUGGUGCUCCUUUGGCAUCUCAUCCUGAUGUAAACAAGGUUGCGUUCACUGGAAGCAGUGCAACGGGAAGCAAGAUCAUGACUGCUGCUGCUCAAGUUGUUAAGCCUAUUACAUUGGAACUUGGUGGGAAAAGUCCAAUCAUUGUCUUUGAAGAUGUGGAUAUUGAGAAAGCUGUGGAGUGGACCCUUUUUGGUUGUUUUUGGACAAAUGGCCAAAUCUGCAGUGCCACAUCUCGUCUUAUUUUGCAUGAAAGCAUUGCCAAGGCAUUUCUUGAGAGACUUGUUAAAUGGACCAAAAACAUCAAGAUUUCAGAUCCCUUGGAAGAAGGCUGCAGACUUGGCCCUGUUGUUAGUGAAGGGCAGUAUGAGAAGAUUCAGAAGUUUAUUCAAACAGCCAAGAAUGAAGGUGCAACAGUUCUAUGUGGAGGUUGCCGCCCACAGCAUCUGAAGAAGGGGUUUUUUGUCGAGCCAACCAUCAUAACAGACGUAAAUACAUCUAUGCAAAUUUGGCGGGAAGAGGUUUUUGGGCCUGUUUUAUGUGCUAAAAUAUUUAGUACCGAAGAAGAAGCAAUUGAAUUAGCUAAUGAUUCCCGUUAUGGCCUGGGCGCAGCAGUAAUUUCAAAUGACCUGGAAAGGUGUGAGCGCGUAUCCAAGGCUUUUCAGGCAGGAGUUGUUUGGGUGAACUGCUCUCAGCCCUGCUUCUGUCAGGCUCCCUGGGGAGGCAAUAAACGGAGUGGUUUUGGGCGUGAACUAGGAGAAUGGGGGUUGGACAACUACUUGACCGUGAAGCAGGUUACACAGUACACAUCAGAUGAACCAUGGGGAUGGUAUCAGAGACCUCCCUCUCCUUCAAUGUUGUGAAAAUUUCCAGAGCGCUCGAUAGAAAUGUAGAAUGCUAAGUAUUGAACUUGACCACGGCGAUGGUUAGAUUGAUAAUAAAAUGGUAAAUAAACAUUGUAGUUCAUCUUAGAAAUUAUUGGGUAAGAAACCGGAACUCUUUGUUCACUUGAUUGAGUAAAACCUAAAAAAGCUUCUACCGUUGUACGCCCUUGAGAAACAAUGUUAUGGUUAUGAAGAGAAUAGAUAUUGCCAUUUAAUUGUUAUGUUA